UACAAAUUAUAGUGACCCGUUUCGUAUGUCCCUCAGUUUAUAACUGUAUAUAGUAUAUUUUCAAAAUUAUGUACUUGGGAAGUUUAAUUAGUAAUGCGGUUAAACUAAACCAAUGGACUUUGUUUUCCUGCUAAUUUUAUAAGUUUAAGGACAGUAGGAAUAUUAUUUGUUUCGAUCCUUACACUUGUUUCAAGAUAGUUUAGGAGGCAAUGCAUUCCUCAAUGGCCAACAAAUAUUUCCAAUAUCUAGUCAUUUUAAGUAUAGUUAGCUUAUUCAUUCAAGUUACAAGAAGUAAUGAAGUAGACUCAAAUAUAGAAAAUCCUCUCUCCGAUGUGGCAAAGGAGAUCAUGAAAGAAAAAAAUUUAGAAAAUAUUGGAGGAGUGGUCAGUAGUUUUUUACAAUCAGAUGGGGGUAAACAAAUUAUUGGUGGCGUUAUUGAAAAAAUUACAUCUACUCAAAACUUGGGAGAUUUAGCUCAAGUAUUAGGUAGCUUAGCUAAUAAUAUUGGAGAAUCUCAAGAUCAGUCUUCGACGAGAAAAAAAGAUGGUGAAAAUUUAGGUGAUGUAAAUCCUAUGGAACUACUUUCUGGAUUAGGGACACUUGUAAACACUUUUCAGGGUGGUAACGGAGAAGAAGGUAGUGGUCCUGCAGCUCUGUUGCAAGGUCUUGGAACACUCAUGAAUAGUGGCAAUAAUAAAGAAGGAAACAAUGCCGGCGCUUUACUUCAAGGUUUAGGUACGCUUUUGACAAAUGACAAAGAAGGAGACAAUGAAAAUAAUGGUGGAGCUGCUCUACUCCAAGGUUUAGGUUCGGUGAUAGCAGCUGCUGCAACAAAUGGCCAAGGAAAAGGACAAGACAAUUCUGUACUAGAUGGCUUGAGUUCUUUGUUGGGUGGUCAAAAUGGACAAGGAGGAAUAAAUCCUGAAAUGAUAGGAAACGUCAUAAAUAUGUUUGCUAAUACACAACAAGCUAAGGUUCCUAAACAUAAAAAAGGCGCAAGUUCCAAAGUAAAGAAGAAUAAAAAGGCGAAAUCAAAGAAAGAUGCCGAAUUUGAUUUAAGCGAUGCAAUAAAUUUCGCAAGUUCGCUUUUGAGCAAAGGAAAAAGUACUGGGUCUUCAUUUAUGGAUUACAUACCAACUAUUAUGAAUACCAUUAAUGCUUUUACUGGACCAGAAGCACAAGAAAGAGCUGACAGUCAUUCGGGACAUAAAGGAACCAUCCCCGCUAUAAUUGAGAAAUUUCAUCUGUUUUUUGAUAACUUUUUACAUUCUGAUAUGGCCAAAAAGAUUUUGAAUUAUAUUGGAAGCGAGAAGGCAUUCAAAGUUUUCCACGAUAAAGAUGGUAAAUUCAGCACGGACAAAUUCCAAAGUUUAAUCGAAAACCAUUCAUUUAGAAAACAUUGGAUUAGUCAACUUACGGGAAGAUUGAUAGAUUUCUUAAAGUUUAUAGCUGAUGAAAAAACUCAAAAUCAGUAUAUUUUUAGUGGACUUUCCUUCAUAAACGCUUUUCUUAAAAGCAACGGAUUUCCAAACAACGCUCUUAUUAACAUAAAAGAUCCUGUCGUAUCGAUAACAAACUUCGUGAAUUACAGCGCGAAAAAAUUCUUAGAUACAGAGGUAGACUCGAAGGAGUAUGUCAAGCCAGCAGUCCUAUAUAUUAAGGAUAUAUUGAAAAUGGCAAAGAAAGCUAUCAAUAUUAAACGAGAGCCGAAAGAAUUGACAGACAGACUAACCGAUACAAUAAAUAUGGACUUUAUAGAACCGAUAACACGAGUAAAUAGGGCAUACAGAUUUGCUAAAUCUCAGCCAUCUUGUGAUAGAUACGUAUUGUGUCUAAUUAAUCAAAAUAAUCUACUAAACUCUGGUAGUUUACCUGAACUGAAUAAGGGUCUGACUAAAGGCAGCAGUUUAAUAGCAGCAUGGUUCAUUAGUUCACGAACAGGUACUUCAUAUUGGGACCUCUAUUCGGAUGUUACCCAAGAUCAAAAUUGUCAGAAUCUCCACAAUAAAAAUUGUGACGGAUUCCACGAAGAAGAAAUCAAAGUUACCACGGAAUAUAUACAUACCGAACUAUAAAGAAGCAAAUGAUAUUCACUCCACUGAUUUGUAUCAGUUUGAAAAUGCGACAAAUUAUAGUUGUGAAAGAGACUUAAUAAUUUUCUUCACUUUAACUUAUUUAUAUGCAUGGUUGUAGCUAGGGUCUAGUCACAAGGACUACCUAUAAGUCCCUUUUCAUAUUAUUUAAUUAUAAUUCCAUUUUGAGGGGGCUUUUAGGAUACUCGAAAUUCUAAUCCUUCAUUGGGCAAUCUUUGUCCCUAGCUAGAGUAUUCUUGUAUACCGUCCAGUUUAUUUUUAUUUAUGAAUAUGAUUUUUUGCUUAUCUUUAUAUGUCAUUACUUUAACAAAUGUGAAAGAAAAUUGAAAUAUACUGAUUAUUAAGAUAAACAAAA